AUGUCGACCGACGCCAGUAAGAAAGACGAUUGCGUGGAACUCAAGCCUUCCAUCCAGCACCUUGAGUCUUCUGGUUGUGAGACUCAAGAGGAGAGGGAUUCCCUUCCAGCGCCUGCUUGUGCUUCCGACUUCUUUCCGGAUGGAGGAUAUAGAGCCUGGCUCAAUGUGGUUGCCGGCUGGUUGACGCUCUUCGCAAGCAUAGGAUUUACAAAUGGGCUAUCCGUCUUUCAAAGUUAUUAUAGCUUGACUAUAUUGUCUGCAUACAGCCCCAGCGACAUUGCAUGGAUUGGCAGCAUUCAAUUUUGGGGUUGCUUCUUCUUUGGACUAUGGGCGGGCCGUCUAUCUGACAAGUAUGGACCACGAAUUCCCCUCGGCAUCGGAACAUGCUUUCUGGUGCUGGGGAUCAUGACAGCAUCCGUUUCGACCAAAUUCUACCAACUCAUCCUCUCCCAGGGGCUUUGCAUCGGACUUGGGAGUGGACUUGUGUUCCCACCAGCUGUAGCGAUCCAGUCUCAGUGGUUUCUGAAAAAACGUGGAUUUGUUGUCGGUCUGGUAAUGUCAGGCCAAAACUUGGGAGGUGUUGUCUGGCCAAUCGUAGUGAAUCAGCUGAUUGAGUACGACGGAAUAUCACUAGGCUGGUCGCUACGCAUCAUUGGCUUUCUGCAGUUAUUCCUCAUGGUCAUCGCGACGCUGCUAGUCCAGGCCCGAUUUCACGAUAUCCCACAGGAGCCUCUCCCACUAAAGGCAUUCGCUACAAACGUCCAUACUGUCUUAUUUACUCUAUCCACAGUAAUAUUUUUCCUUGGCAUUUUCGUUCCCUAUUUCUUCGUCAGCUCGUAUGGGAUGAAAUGGGGUGCUUCGACCGGGGAAGCUCUUUAUCUGUCAUCAAUCUUGAAUGCCGCUGCAUUCUUUGGAUGCUACGCCUGGGGUAUUGCCGCCGACGCUUGGAUGGGCCAUUUUGACACAUUGACUCUCGCUGCCUUUUGUGCAGCCAUUACAACUUUUGGAUGGAUUGGCGUGCGUACGUACACCGGCACCGUCGCGUGGAGUGUCGCAUAUGGCUUCAUGUCUGGGGGUGUCCAGGCUCUGUUUUCGCCGUGUCUUUCCUACUUGGCACCCUCACCAGCCUUGAUUGCUACCUGGAAUGGAAUAUUUCUAACCAUAUUAUCGCUGCCCGUUCUUGGCACUGGUCCAAUUGCUGGCCGGCUGCUCUCAAACACGCAGGAUGAUAACUAUUUGCCCAUGCAAUUAUUUACGGGGAUCGUCGCAAUUGUCGGAAGUUUCCUUUUUCUGGCCACACGCUUUGCCGUGUCUCGCAACGGAGGGAUUUAA